CUGCCAUUCAUUCAUUCCAACCAGGAAGCUUUUCCCUCCACAAAAAGCUACCGACGACGUCUGUCUCCGGCCCGUCGACAUUCUGUCGCCAUCAACAUCAUCUGUCAACAAUAACAUCCUCCGCAUUCUCCCCACGCCUUCUUAUUCUCCGGGAGACGCGCCGUUUUUUGCUGUUACUCGUGCCUUGUCUCUAUCAUCGUCAAUCAAUUGACUACCACAUUUCCGUGUUUACCUAGUCCGCGUCCGCAUUGAAGCUCCCAAGCUCGACGACGACGACGCCAACGUCCCCCAUCACCAAGAUGUUACCACUCGACUGCUUGGUCGCUGCCUUGGCCCUCUUCGCCGGCGCGGCGUGGGCGCAGACACCGCCCAACUUCCAGCCCAGCACGAACGUGAACCUGCCCGCGACGUUUGACGAGAACAAGACGGUCGGUGCGCCCUCGUUCUUCCCGCUCGGCGGCGUCUUCUCUAUGAACGCGACGCAAUCACAGCCAACCGUCUACCUACCUGCCAACACGACGAUGCUGGGCAACGGCACGCUCCCGGCGACAUACAUCCUGAUGAUGGUUGACCCGGACGCGCCGUCGCCCAGCAAUACGUCCAUCAGCGACGUGCUGCACUGGCUGCAGCCGGGCAUACGGCAGUCGCGCUCCGUCGAGACGACCACGACCGAACACGGCGUCGCCCUCGCCAUGCUGUCAAACAGCACCGCGCCGCUAGCUCCCUAUAUGGGGCCCCACCCUCCCAGCGUCGCCCCCCACCGCUACAUCCUGAUGCUGUUCCGCCAGCCCGACCCAAGCGACUUCAUCCCGCCUCCGGGCUUCGAAGCCUUCUUCAACGGCUCCCAGCGCACCAAUUUCAACCUGACCUCGUUCCUCGGCGCGGCUGGCUUGGGCUCCCCUGUCGCCGCGAACUACUUCCUCUGCGGCAACGAGACGACGGGCAACGGCUCCGAGACGUACAAUGGCACGGAUGCGGCGCCAGGCGUGAACCCCUCGGCGACGGGGCCGUCGUCCGGUGUGACGCCGACUACCUCGCCCAGCCCAAGAGUGUCACCGUCAUCGUCGUCAGCGGCGUCUUCGGGAGCGGGGAAGGCCGCGACGCUGGGUUUUGGCGCGCUGUCGGGUGCCGUGGUGGCGGCUGUCUGGCUGCUUGGUUGCUGAGCUAAGUGUGUGUGUGUGUGUGUGUGUGUGUGUGUGAGGAAUCGGCCGAGGAGGGAGCCGACGUCCGGGUACGGUGAG